AUGAGUUUUGAGCGCAACCCCAAGGACUCUAUGAAGUCCACCUGGCGCCGGCUCGAUCGCACCGAGUGGUCUCCUUUCCACUGGUUCUAUGAAUUACUCGGUAUUCAUCCGGAGGAACUUGACAAAGAAGUCCCCGUGCACCUGAAGGAGGAUGCCGUGCCCUACGUCCCCGACUGGUCGAUGCACCGCUGGGUGCUCGUGCACUCGGCGAUCCCGCUCCUUAUUCACCACGCCUACGUCCAAGUUACCGGCCACAAUCUAAACGCACUCGCCGCUUUCGUUUUCUACAGCGUGGCCUUCAAGCUCAUCGCUAUCCACGAACUACAUGUCCUCCGACGACUAGGCCACAUUCAUGGCUUCCUCGAUGGCGAUAAGCACGGGCGCGAUGGCGUGCCUGAUGUCGGCGUGGCGAAGGUUGUGCGCUCCCUUAUGUCGACAUCGACCUUCCGACCCAUGUUCACCGUGUUCUUGAGCUACCACGUUAACAAAGCACCCUCGUCCAUGAGCUUCGCAUGGCUGCCGCUAGAGAUCGGGCUGUACGGGGUUAUCUUGGACUUUUGGUUCUACUGGUACCACCGACUGAUGCACGACGUCGGUGGCCUGUGGAAGUACCAUCGCACACACCACCUCACGAAGCACCCGAACCCACUCCUGACGCUAUAUGCGGACACCGAACAGGAAUUCUUCGAUAUUGCCGGUAUCCCAUUGAUGACCUACUUUGCUAUGCUCUUCAUGGGCUUCCCGAUGGGUUUCUACGAGUGGUGGAUCUGCCACCAGUAUGUCAUGUUUGCCGAGCUGGCCGGCCACAGCGGUCUACGCGUUCACGCUACCCCACCCUCCACGCUCAGCUGGUUCCUCCGCAUCUUUGACGCCGAGCUUGUCAUUGAGGACCACGACCUGCACCACCGCAAGGGCUGGAAAAAGAGUCACAACUACGGCAAGCAGACCCGUCUUUGGGACCGCAUCUUUGGAACCUGUCAUGACCGCAUUGAGUCGGUUCCAACCAACAUCGACUAUGCGAAUCAGUCGCCAAUGCCGUUGAUCUGA